AAACUGGCGGGUAAACAACAUGGCGUCGUUCGAUACUUGAAAAUGUUAUAUUUUCGUUUAUUUUUGCUGGUGGAUUAAAUUGUUUUAGUUUGCACACAAAGAUAGGUUUCACCAGGACAAUCCAGGAUGAAGAGGAGCACAGGGCGAGGUUUGUCCAACCUGCCCGUCCCAAAGACAUCCAAGGGCAGCCCUUCCACGGCCUCGUCCCACCUAGCCAGGGGGCGGGGCAACAUUGCCCGGUCAGCGGAGGACCUCCCCCGUCAGGUAAACCUCAGCGUCAGUGGAGGUCAGGGGACCUCAACCAGAAGGGCUGUAUCUCCGGGCAGCAAUCUCAGGAAAGGCUUGUCGCCAGUUCGGACACCAACAUCUCAGCCUGGUGUUCGUUACAUCACUGAGGAUAUGAUCAAGAAGAUGGCGAAGGAGGACAACUUCGACAUGAUAACAACUCUCAGCCUGACAUUAGGCCGGGAAGGAGGCAAGAAAAUCAAGUACAUCGAGAACCUUGAGAGGCUGAAGAAGCUGCACACUCUCAACCUCAGCAACAACAUGAUCGAGAAGAUGGAGAAACUGGACAAACUGCUCCGUCUACGAGAUCUCAAUCUUUCCCAUAAUUCCAUAGUGAAGAUAGAAGGCAUCGAAAACCUCGUCUUUCUGCAGACGCUGAACCUCAGCUGGAAUCAGAUUGAGCACAUUCCGCCGUGGAUUGGCAAAAAACUGAAAGCUCUACGCAACUUUAAUCUAGGUCAUAACCAACUUGCAUCGCUCAACGAACUGUCCAAGCUGAAGCCCAUCCCUGACUUGACGCAGCUGGACGUGAGUGGCUCUCCGCUGUCCGAGCUGCCACACUCCCGGCUGUACAUUGUCUUCCACCUGCGGACAGUGGCCACCCUGGACGCCGCCCAUGUCACAGCUCACGAACGGGACCUGGCGCAGCAGAGGUUUGCUCAAGGAGAGUUGGAGAAGCUGGAGAAACAGCUUGAGCAGGAGGAGGUGAGGAGCAGGCGGCUGGAGGAGAGCCACAACAAGUCCCUGCAGGAGAAGUCCCUGCAGGAGGCCACCACCAAGGAGAUGAAGGUCAAGGACAUGGCACGCCAAGGCCAGGUGUCGGAGCUACAGAGAGAGUUAGAGGUCAAGAAUGACCUGCUGAAGAAGAAGACGAGUGAGCUGAACAAGGCGUGUGAGAAGCACUACCAGCUGGAGCAGGAACUGGCCUUCUACAAGAUAGACUCCAAGUUCCACAGUCUCAGUGAAGUCCCUCGCCCCCAGAUCUUGGACGAUGAUGAUGAUAACAGUGGACUCCUGGAUGAGAGCCCGUACAUCGGCCGAGCCCGCUACAAGGCCAACCAGUAUUCCCAGGAAGGGUCACUGCUGGCCACGCCCCAGAAAAUACAGAUCCACUCCAUUGCAUCCUCCCCUGCCACGCCCGCGCAGCGACCCGAGGGGCUGGGGCAGUAUCACCAGGCGCUCACAGCGCAGGUUGUAGACAAACAGCGGGAGAUACAACUCGCUGAAGAUCGAUUGCAAAGCCUCCAGUCCAAUCUGAGCACCACGGAGGAUAAGUUGGUUCGAGCGACACAGGAACUGAAGAAGAUGUCAGAACGCAAGACACCGGAGCCUUUCCGUGAUGACAACAAGUAUAAGAUCAGACAGAGGCUGGCCAAGAAGAUGAAGACGGUGAAUGAGAUGCGUGAUAGCGCAACCCAGAUGGAGACCGAGAUUGACCGCCGCCAACAGAAGGUGCAGGAGAACAAGGGCAAGGUUGCUCGCCUCAAGGAGCAGAUCACACAUCUAAACACGGGUGACCCAAACAUUCCGAAGAAGAAGGCGGAGAUGGUGGACAAGGAGCAGCAGAUCUCGGAGGACAACCACGUGUACAGCGAGCUGCAGAACCAGCUCCAGGACAUGCUGCAGACGGUUGCCAGGGAAACCGCAGACAUCAAGAAGCUGGAACAGCAGCUCAAUGAAGAGCGUAUCGAGGCGAACGAGGAGCUGCGGCAGGAGCUGGAUGAUGUGGUGGACGGGCUCCAGGGCUACCUGCAGAAUGUCAAGGACCAGAGUGUCCGGCAGAAGGAGGACUUCGAGCAGUUGGUCAAGGAGAAGGAGGGCCUGGAGGAGCGGGUGCGACGUCUGGAUGCAGAACUCAAGAUCAUUGACAGGGAGGCUGAAGAGAGUCAGGCGUGGCAGAAGCGCCUGGGGGACACGGAGCAGCAGCUGCAGCAGGCACACGACCUCAACAAGUCGCUGAACGACCAGCUGCACCGGAGCCGGCAGCUGGACCCCGAGCUACAGGACAGGCUGGAACAUGCUGAGAUGGAGGCUCGUAACCUGCGCAGAAGUCUCAAUGACACUGAAAAACGAUCCCAGACAGAGAGGAAGAACCUGGAGAAGCAGCUGCAGGUGGAGCGAGGGAGAGCGGAGCAGCUGGCGCGGCAACAGAAGGAUGGAGGCCGAGGCUUGGAGGACCUGAGGAGGAUGGAGGCCCAGCUGGAGGCUGCCAAGGGUUUGAAUGACUCCCUGCGGGACCAGCUGUCGGAGGCCAGGAAGCAGAGUACUGCUGACACCAAGGACAGCUUCAGGCCCAGUGACCUCAAGAAGAGGCUGAAGGACCUCACUUACAACUUUAGAGCUGGCAAGGGUCCCCUCCCCCCACAGGGCAGUGAGGAUGUCCUUGGGAAGACCUUCCACGACCUGCACCACUACGUCCAGGACAAGCUAAACAAGAGCGGCCGGGAGGUGGAAGAGGCCCGCAAGAACAUCCAGAAGGCCUCUGUGGAGGUGCAGACUCUCAAGGAAAACCUGAAGAGGACAGAGGCCGACCUUGCUAAGAGAGGGGAGAAGAAAGACCCAGAGAAGAUGAUGCAAAGGUCAGACAGGAAGAAUGAGGAGGCAGAGAUCAGCAGACUCGAGGAGGAAAUUCGAAGGCUAAAGAAAGCUCUGCAAGAUGCUGAGAACAGAGCUCGACAGGAGCGUCCAAGGACACGUAUUACGUAUGCACCAAGCUCCGACUCGGACAGGGCCUCAUCCCUCAACUCAGAGGAGAAGGCGUUGUACGAUGAACUCCAGCGGGAACUGAUGGAGCUGAGGAGGAACAUGAGGAACCAGGAGGAGGAGAGUGAGAGGAGGGUGCUGGACGCUGAGAAUGAGAUCGCUCUGCUGACCGAGGAGAUGCAGCAGCGCGAGGAAGAGUUUGAGAAAGAGCUGGAGAAACAGAGGCAGGAGGCAGAGCUGAUCAGGGAGAAGCAGGAGGCUCGCAUUCAGGUGAUCGCGGAUGACCUUGACCAGGCUCAGCUGUCCGCGGACCACCUGCAGGGGCUGCUGGAGUCGCGGGAGGGGCAGAUGCAGGAGGACAUGCAGGAGGCCGACAUGUCCAACCAGAUGAUGGUUGCCCAGGAGGAGGAGUUGACGCGGCUGUAUGACAUCCUGGAUGCCCAGAAAGAGGAGAUGGAGAACCUGAAUCAGAUGCUGGACUACCUGGCCCAACAGGGACCCGAGGGAGUUGGACCUGGGUUUGAUGAUGAACUCUGGCGAAUCAGACAAGAAGUGAACAACUUGAAGGAGACGCUUGCCAUGCAGUCAGCGUAUGUCCAGACGAUGCCCCCUGACCAUGCCGGGGCCUCAGGGAUGGGGACACAGGCUGGAGUCGGCGCUGGGUCAGGGGCUGGGGCUGCACCCACGUACAGACAACCACCGGUGAUGCCGCAGCCAACGAUGUACGCCCAGCAGUUUGCACCCCCUGGCGCCGCCCUGGUGGGACCAGCCCCACCCUCGACCCGCCCAACAGCCCAGCCUCCAACAAGGCCCGCCUCUAGUCCACCCCAAGCCCUAGCACCCCAGUCCUCACCCCCAGGACGGACCUCCGCCCCCCUGCUGCACUCCUCCCCAGGCCAUGACCCCCUGCUGCACAGCUCCCCCGGACAGAGUCAGGCAGCGUCCGGCCACGGCAGCAUCCCCCCACCCAGCUCCAUGUCCAUUCCCAUCAUGGGAGGCAAUCUGGGCACUCACCUCAGCUCCCCUCCUCGUAUACACAUGCUGGAACACCUCGGUACCGAGAGGCGCGAGUCAAAGGCGCCUCCUGGUGGCAAACCCAGCAGUGGCAGACCAACGGAGUCAACUCCAGUCAGACAAUCAGCUCCACCUGGUGCAGAAGUUGAUGAUGCAGAUCGCCUCAGUCAGCGCAGUGGUCGUGCCGCCAGUCGCAUUUUCGGGCGCAACCGCGCUCAGACGCGUAGGAAAGCUUCGCAACCUUCAGCCUUCGAGCCUGUGUACAGACCUCAACCUCACCACGCGCAGUACCACUCUCCCCAACCCCCAGGCUUCCACCCAGCUGACCCCAGCAUGUAUGUUGGGGGGACACCAGCACAGCCUGGGAGGGGAGAGACGGGAGUGCCGUCCUGGGGAGUGCCCACUUCGCCAGGCAUUGCCGGGCCAUCACAUGGAGUGCCAAGCCAAAGCCAUGUAGUCAGUGGUGGCCAUCCAAUGCCUGGCCCUGCCCCAGGGCGUACCCUGGGUCACGUUGAGGGUACAUACGCUCCCAUAGACCCUAGUGCCCCACCCCAGGGUUUUGUUCCUGUUGCCUCUCAAACAGAUCCAAGAGUUGCUUUUGAUCCAGUUAAUAUGGAAUAUUCCUACCCCAUUGGCUACCCUGAAGGAGCCUACCCCGGAGUCCAGCCUGGUUACUCUGGGGUACAACCUGGGUUUUACCCCCAACCCCCUGGGGGCGUGCCUGUCCCCCCAGGCGGUUACAGUGUGGGCCAGCAGGUGUAUGUACCCACAGGGCCAGCACAAAGUGUUGGGUAUCAGCCUGGAAGAGUCUAUUAUUCAGCAGGUGGGAAAACACCAGUGAGGAUCUACUACCCUGCUAAUGGAAGAAUCCCCAUGCCUUCAUCUGGUCCACCGCCUCCGCCGGGAAUGCAUAGUGUUGGAGUUAUCUCCCCUGGACCUCGCCCAGGAUCCAUGCCAGUUACACCUGUUGCUACGGGGACUCCUAUUUCGGAUUCCAGACUUUCGACGACUGUCAACUUCGAUGGGUCAUUCAUUACACCACCAAGCCCAAUACGACCUGUUGCCAUGGAGUCUCCGGUAGCUCCGAGGGGAAUUCUGAAAAAUGGUGGAAAUGGAGUUGCUGUGGAUGAUGACAGCUAUCUGUUCUGUAACGUCCCGGAACAUCACGACCUGGAGGACUACAUUGCGGAACUACAGGAGAAACUACGAAAAGUGAAAAUCAAGAUUUCCCAUCAAGAGGAUAUUCAUGAAGAGAUAAUGAUGGACGAGGAGAAGAGGCUCAUCCACCGACUCAAGGGCGAGCUGGAGGAUCGGCGAGAUGAGUUGGAAGGCCUUGACCUUGCCAUCGAGAGGCAGAAGAAGAGUCUGCGGAAACUGAAGUACAACGAGAAGAGCAUCCGGGAGAAGAGGUCAUCGGCCAAGGAGGAGCUGGACUUCCUCCGCACACGCAACAUGAAGAACGCCAUCAGGAGCAAACAGAGGAAGUAUGAAGAUGACGACAGUCUGGACGAGUCAGUGUGUCGCAGCCGCCAGACGUACCUGCAGGAUGAGAUCGCGUGCCUGGAGAAGACUCUAGCCAAGAGGACAGGCCAGCUCCGGGAGGCAGACAAGCUGCUGAAGGAGUGUAACACUGACCUCAAGGACGCCCGCGAACAGGCCCGUGACACUGUGAAGAAGUACGACACUGCCUCGGUCAACCUGCAGACGACAGCCCUUGAGGCCAAGGAGUUGGAGAAGCGAGCCACAGAGGCUGGGAUUCAGCUGGUCAAGACGCAGGACCAGCUCGGGGCACUCAGGACUGAGGUCCGAGGUCUAGAGAGGAAGAGGGAGAAGCAGGAGAAGCUACUUCGCGAGGUCAUGCAGGUUUUAGCAAAGAAGGACAGUGAAUUCAAAGAGAUUGACUCAAAGCUUAAAAUGUCGACCAAGAACUUGCAUCGGGUGUCUUCAGAAUUGAAAACAUCCCAGAUGAAGGAGAAGGAAACUGUUGAUGCUCUCCGCGACAGUGAUGACAUCUUGUCAAAACGACGCAUGGAGUUGUCAAGGUUACGAGAUCAGUAUUCCAAGGUUAAGAGCGCCAUGGCCUCAAAGUUGGACGGUCAGCGGUCCGAGCUGGAGAAGCUUGACCAGACGAUGGGGAAGAAGAAGACAGAGCUGCAGCUGAUGACUGAGGCGAUGGAGCGACGGCAGACUGACCUCAGCUCCGUGUUGAGAGAAGCCGAGGCCGAGAUCACCAGCAAGCACAGGGAACUCAGGGACCAGAGAGAGCACAUCAAGACCACAGAGCAGCAGAAGCUGGACAUCCUGACUCUCAUCAAGUCGAAGCGGGCGGAGCUGGCUCGGCUGAAGGGGGAGACGGAGCAGGAGGAUGAAGUCCUCCAGCGACUCAUCAGCUCCGUCAACAAGCACAAGACCGAGCUGAAGCAUGUGUACGAGAUGCAGAAGUACGAACAGACAGAGCUGGAGAACCUGAAGGCCCAGCACAACCAGAAGAUUGCUGAGCUGGAGAAGACGCAAAGGGCGCUGUUAGAGGAGAAGUCAGAACUGGAACAGCUGAAUACUGAGACCAACAGGAAGUCGUCCGAGGUGGAGAGGUUGCGGCAGACGUUGGAGCGAGAGAGACAGGAAGUGGACCACCUGACGAUGGAGAAGCAGGCGCUGGAGGACCGCAUCUCCACCCUGGUGCGUGAGAGGGACAUGCUCAACGAGAACUGCAAGACCCUGGACGACAAGCUCAACCAGAUGAAGAGGAAUCACCGGAUCAUGGAUGAGAAGAUCGAGUCAUCGUCGGACAGAUUGGAGAGAGUAGAGUCGGAACUCCGACAACGGGAACGAGAGAUGGAUGAUUCUAAUCACCAGAGAUCACUCAUGCAGAAAGAUGUCAGCUCUCUCAAACAGAAUGUGAAAGAGAGUCGGACGGAGCUGCAGACGCUGGAGGAGAACAUCCAAGAGUCAGAGGAACAUCUCCGGCAGCUCGAACAGAAUCUGCGGGAAGCACACAGCCAGCGGGAUGAGGCCAAGGUCGAGAUAGAGAGGCUGAACGAGGCGAUACGGACCACCAGGUUUGCCCACGAAGAGGCGCUACGGCAGGAGAAGUCGAAACAGGCGGAACUGCAAGAUUUGUUGCACACGUACGAACAUCACGACGUGGAGUACCAGACUGCCAGACAGGCUCUGAGCAAAGUCCGACAGGAGAUGGAGACUGAGGAGAAUAAACUCAACCGGCUUGUCAGUAACGCUAACAUAGAGUUGGACACGCUGCAUAGUGAGCUGAACACGAAACACGAGGAGCUGGCGUCAGUCACGCAGGAGAUCAACUCCCUCAAGACCGAAGCCACUGACAUCAGGGACAGCGGGGAAAAGUUUGUGGAGAUGGAUAAAAAGAUCAAAGAGCUAGAGCGGGAGGUGAGUGAUCGGAAUGACGAGAAGAAGGAGCUGGCUAAAGCGUUGACCAUGUCCUACGAGGAACUGCAGAAACUAAGACAAGACACCAAUGAGGAACAGGAACGCCUGAACACCGAGAGAGCAGAGCUCCAGAACACACUGCGAGACGUGCAGGAACAUCUAGAGACGACAAAACAGGAGAUGGCCUUGAUGCAGUCUAGGUCAACAGGUCAAGUUUCGGAGCUCCAGGAUAUUGCGGAGGAACAUUAUAACCGAGCCAAUCGGUUGAAUGAUGACCUCUCCAGGUUAAAGAGAGAGGUCCUUAGUACUAAGAAGCAGCUGUUGUCUCAGGACAUGUUAAACAUAAGGCUGGUUACACUAGAGGAGGCGCUUAGAACACGCGAGCAGACCCAGUCACUCCCACACCCUGAGAGUAAUACACCAUCAGACUCACACGAUUCCGACCAAUCAGAUGACCCAACUCCCGAUCCUGGCCCCGCCCCUGCCACGCCCAGCUUGCACCCUCUGGAGGUCCAGUCUCGCCUGCAGGCACACAUGCUGGACAUUAGACACAUGCUUGAGACUGAGACGGACAACCGCACAGACAAUAAGGAGAACCGAUUGUCUCGGCGUGAUGUGUCGAUAUCGUUCCGAGAGGAGUGGAGGAAGGAGGCCCUGAAAGACAAGCUCCUGGAAGAACAAGACUAUCUCAGACAUCAGCUGAGACAACAGAUGCUCCGGCACGCGGAGUCGAUGGAGUCAACGCGACUGCAGUCCGAGGGCACCAUUGAAAGUCUCAAACGCAAGCUCAACACACUACAGGAAGUGCUUUUCAACAACAACAACCAUCUCUCAUCAGAUAUUCACGCAAUACAUGAGUUGACAAGGUCAAGGUCAAACUCACCACCAAGGUCACCUUAUUCUCGGAAUAACUCUCAAAGUCCAAGAAGUCGGUUUAGCUAUCUGGCAAAUCGAAGGUCAAGGUCAAGGUCAUCUGAAAGACUUAGUCCACUGAUACCCGAAAGAGAUUUGAUGUGAAGAAAUGAUAAACAUCUAUCGUCUGUCUCCAUGGUUACACAACAGGAAGUCACAUGACAAUCAGGAAGUGAUGGUGGCAGACUCAUUGUGCCUGUCACGGCUGGUCUGCGUGUUGUUUCCAUUCGCUGGUGCCUAUCUAAAGCAUUUGUGUUGUUGCAGGUGUGAAUGGGGUGUGUGUAUGGAUAGUUGGAAUAGGAUUGUGGCUGUCAUACAUGGGGACAUAGGGAUUUGAAAAGUGUUUGAACUCAUCAGCAAUAUACCUUGUAUACUGUAUUCAACCCAGUAAGUGCCUACGUAACUUCUAGACCAAUCUGUAAACUCUCUUUAUAAAUGCCCCUGAAAAUUAACAUGACUGUUUAUAUUUUCUUAUGUAUAUUACAGAUUCUUUACAGAAAACAGUAGCACAUAAGGCUACAUAUUGUAACAAUUAUCAAAAUGUUCCAUAGUUUGUUCAGUACUAUCUCUGACAACAAUGGUUUUAAUAAGUGCCCCUUUGGCAAUUUUAUACUCAGGCAAAAGUUCUUGUGAUAAACACAAAGAGGAUCGGUCAAACAAUUGUACUGCUGUGUAUGGAAUUAUAUAACAUAGAAAGAACAGUGUCUGGGGAAAUGGUAACUAACAAGUCAAUAUAAGGAGCACUCCUAUCAUAUGCAAAUGUGUCAUGUGACCAGAGAGGGUUCAGAGGCAAGUUCAUACAAAAAUCCAUGUCACAGUAACUUUUGCAUUUGAGUAUAUAAGCAUCUUGUGUGCUCAUGCCGAAAUUGUUGAUGAUGAUGAUGAUGAUGAUGAUGAUGCUCUUGUGUGCUCAUGCUGAAAAUGGUAAUUUUGAUGAUGAUGAUGAUGAUGAUUUGAAAAAAUUAUAUUUGAACAUUAAGAUGCACUAUAUUGGCUAAUGAGGGAUGAGUGUCUGGGACAGUGUUUUGCUGGUCGAGUGUAUGCGAGGUAUCUCUACAUGCAGUAUUAUAAGUUAUUUUAAUGUGUGUGUGUGAAUGUUCAUUCCUCUGUGUCUGCAGACACAUCACAAACAUGGUUUGUACAAGCUAGCUGUGAUAUUACUGUCUAUAUUUUUACCUAUUUACCCAUCCUUGAUGUACUUCUAGUUCAUAUUACAUAUUGCAAAAGUGUUGUACUUUUUAACGUAUAAAUUGUACAGGUUUACUCUCAAGAUUGUAUUAUAUGUAAAUAAUUGUACAUAUUCUUGCUACAAUGGAGGCCCUAUCAGACUGUCAAAUAUUACGCAUGGUCUGUAGAAAGCUUUUAAAGUGGAAAAUAUGUGGACUUGUCGAUUGCUGACAUUAUACAAUGUAUUUUUAGUUGAAAAUUUGUUGAAUUACUUGUAACUGUUAUAGCUGGAUUUGAUUUUUAUUGCAAUAUCGAAGUCUGUGGGAAAAGACAGUAACAAAAUGGAAUAUAUAUUUUCAUAAUUCAUGUUACGAUGGUUAUCAUAAUUCAUAAUUACCUCUUUUGUAAAGCUUUAGCUUUAGGUGAUACGAGUAAACAUUAAAGUACCUCUGGAAAAAUGAUUUCCCAAUUUGCCUGCUAAGGGCUUUUCUUUGAACCCCUAUCAACACCUUUGAGUAAUUAACCUACUUAGUAUGGACAAGUUUAAUAUUGUUAGGUUAGUUUUACCAUGCUGGCAUAAACUAGAGAUUUCUGUGGAGAAUUACGUUUUGCGGACUGGUGUACGGCCGAUGUAUAUCUGUCUCAGAGUUAAAUUACUACAAACAGAAAUGUAAUUGUGUUUGUUGCACUUUGUAUAGAAUAACAUAAAGAUAUAUGAAUGAUUGUAUCUGUAUAUCAUGUAUAUAUAUCGUGAGUGUUGUGAUAUAUUUUUACAUUCCAUAUACAUGUGUUCGCCAUAUUAGACUAAAAAGAAAUAAUAGUCUUGGUUCUCGUAAUAAAAUCAUCAUAAAGUCUGCAACACGUUUUGUCUUUAUUUCCAUUUUAAUUUUUUUUUUUAAAAUUCUAAAUAUCCACGUCUCAAACACACCACCCCGGCAGUGAAAUGCUACAGUACUUAGAACAACAUGAUUUCCCUAAAAUUAUUGUAAACAAAAUUUGGUCACAUACUAUCUUGAACAACAACCAAAAAUGCCAACGCCCGCCGCACAGUAAUUUUAAAAAGCCACUGCCUGAGAACCAAUUCUAUUAUUUUUUACUCUGCUCCAAGUUCCCACACCCAAAUUUCUAAGACCGAAGAUUACAUAACAGUUUGUACAUUCCUCUGUAUAUUACAGAUUGUUUUACUCGAGACUUUUAUUGAAAAAGUUUUAGUUUAUCGCCAUUUGAAGUAAGUUUGUUCUCUACCGCUCAAUCUCUGAAAAUAUAUUUAACUAAUGUUGUUAUUGGGUUUAAUAAGCACCCCAUUUGUCAAUUUUCCGGGUUGUGCUGAUAACAAUGAAAGCUGUGAGAUGUUCUAUAUUUCAGUGGGCUCUUCUAGCUAUAUAUGUUGUAUUUUAGUAUUAUACAUUGUAGGGGUGUCACGAUAAAUCGAAAUUUCAAUAUAUUGCUAUUGGUAAGCACUUAAAGUCAAUAAAUCGAUUGUUAAAUCAGUUUCCGAUUAAUAGUAUCGAUUUUAGUCAGGAAUAUCGAUAGUUUCGAUUGUAUUUACCAUAUCAAUAAAUACAUGCAAUGCU